GUUGUGACUCUUCCGCCUUAGGUCAUAUAAACUAAACAUGACAGGGAGAUUUUUUGCGUUCCUGUGUUUGUGUACGUGCAGUUUCCAAUCGCCUGUGAACGAGGUUGUAGCCUGUUAUAAUGAAAGCUAGUCGCUUUGCUAACUUAGCUAGUAAAGUUAGCAGGUCCUCUUGGAUGAGAGGCCAAACGUCUUCAACUUACUUGAGGAGAGUCCAGCGGCUUACUUUAAAACAGCUUUUGCGAUUUUUAUGAUGACCUGGAUGAUUGAGAAUAUCUACAAGAAAGCUAGCAGGAUCACACCACAAAGGUCAUCAGACAAAAUGGAGACGACAACGACAGCCAAUGGAGACGGGCCUGUAUAUGAAGAGAGAGAGGAAAAACUGAGUCCUGAAGAUUUAUCUGAGAUGUUAGCAGCAGGGACCAAAGAGGUCCAUGAGAAAGCUGAAAACACACAGUUUGUGAAGGACUUCCUUAAAGGUCGCAUCCGUAAGGAAAUCUUCAAGCGUGCUACUGUGGCUCUGUACUUCACCUACAAGGCCAUGGAGGAGGAGAUUGAGCGGAACAAGGAGCACCCACACUUUGCCCCUCUCUAUUUUCCUGCAGAGCUCCACCGUCAUACAGCUCUGGCCCGGGACCUGGAGUAUUUCUAUGGCCCUGAGUGGCAGAGCCAGGUCAGCUGCACUGAGGCCGCUCAGAACUAUGUGGAUCGUAUACACCAGGUGGGACAAGAGGACCCGGUGCUGCUUGUGGCCCACGCAUACACCCGCUACAUGGGAGACUUGUCUGGGGGACAGGUGCUGAAAAAGGUGGCACAAAGAGCCCUGAAGCUUCCUCCCACAGGAGAGGGACUGGAGUUCUAUUGUUUUGAUGCCAUUCACAGUGCCAAGUCUUUCAAGCAACUGUACCGCAGCCGAAUGAAUGAACUGGAACUUGACAUGGAGACGAAGAAGAGAAUCGUGAGUGAGGCUGUGAAAGCUUUUCACUUUAACAUGGAGGUGUUUGAGGAGCUGGAGGAAAUUGGGAAAACCAUCCAGGAAGAGGUGUUAGAUGCGGGAAUGCCUGUCCAUGGAGCGAUGGGUGGUGACAUCAGCAAAUGUCCCUACUAUGCUGCUAAAAUGGCGGCCUCUGGAGGAACCGCAUACUUUUGUCAACUGGCCACAGCUGUGCUGCAACACCCAACAGGACAAGUUCUGCUUGCCACCUGGUUUGCUGCUAUGGCUGGACUGGUGGCCUGGUACCUGAUGUGAUCCGGCCUCGGGGUCUUUUCACUGCAGUAGGAGGUUAAGAGGACAGUAAGGACAUGAAGUGCGUUUUUAUGGGUCAUGGGUCCAAGUUAGUAUAACGGUUAUGGCUAAAGUUGACAGCAGAUGUACUUGGACCAGAGAGAUGAUCAGUUGGACCAGUGGUAUGCCAUCCUUACCUUCUCAAAAUUCUUUUUUUUCUUCCUACCUCUCCAUCCAUCCCCAUCUACCUCUACAUCCCAUCUUUCUAGGCACUUAUGUUGGUGUCAGAGAUGCUUUUUCCCAGUUCUAAACAAAACCUUUACAAUAACUCCCUGAUGCAUCCUGUUGCCUAAACUAACUAUAAUAAUAAUUCCUUAUUCAUCCCACAAUAGGGACAUUUAGUUUGUCUUUCCAACCGACAGAGGCCGCCACAGGAGGCGCAACUAUACAGUGAUCAGAAAAAUUCCAUUGACAUAUAGAAAAGUGUAAAAAUGUAUUAAAAGUUAGUUUUGGUAAAGAAGGCAAAGAAAAAAAUUAUGCAAAGUCUAUGCAUAGAACAAAGCUAGCUUGACUGCUCAGUUGACUGCUAAUAAGAAGCAGUGGUUUAUCCAUAAUUUUACACAUAAAAGACUCCACACUUCUGACACUGCCUGAAAGUCUGUCCUCGCUUAUUGUUACAAAAAAUGAAAAGUAAUAUUUCACAUAUACUGUACUUCAAAUGUAUUCUAAUGCAUGUUAAAAAUGAUUUUUACCAUGUUGCAUUCAACUGACGAGUUACGUUUUAACAAUAGACUUUCAGAAGCAGUGAUAACUUAUGAACACUCUUUUAAGGGACUGUUUCCUGCAGCUCUGCCCUUGUUUAUGGUACAUCCACAGGUCACUACAGCUCUGUGUUCAUGAUCCAUACUGUAUUGCAGUGCACUCUGUGGGCUGGAAAUAUUUUUUUAGUGUUAUUAAUUUCAAGAUGUAACUAGAAAAAUGCUGCAGUGCUGUGUAAACUUCUUACAGAGCUGUGAAGUUUUAACGUUUAUUUCAACAAAGUUGUAAUGGUUUAACUUUGGAAGCACUUUUUGGAACUUGUUGGACCCGAAGUACCAAAGGAAAUGUGUUAACUACUACUGCAUGAGGAUGUGCAGUAUUCACAGAAACCCAUCCAGAAGAAACAGCUGAAUAAUAACCUCCUCUUUCGUCCAUGUUUGAGCUGAUGUUCAUGAAGCCAGUGCCAGUGUAUUAAACCGGAGUGUGUAAGGACAUUUACUUGAAUCAUGAUGGAAGCAGUUGUAUGAAUGUGGAAAAGGCUGUUUGACUAAUUUACGUUGAUUUGAAUUCACCUCAUCUCACUAACCUCAGUUUUGUUCACCUGGUGUUCCUGAAUAAACAGCUUUUACCCA